UUCCACGUAGGCGCUGAGACUGGCUCUAAAGUUUAGAAAGUUUUUUUUUUUUUUAAAUACAUAUAGCUAUUUAUAAACAUCGAUAUAUUAUUAAUAAUUGUUGCCGUUGUUUAAUCGCUAUCGUUAUUUACCGUUAUUAAAAUAGGAUCCAUGAGCGUCGAUGCUUUGGGGAGCGUGAUGGACCCUACGCUUUCUAAACGGAACACGACUUUGAGAUUAGUUGACUUGGCAGGGGCUCACCACCAUCACCAUCAUCAGCAUGCCCCUCAGAGCAUGACAGGCUUCCCGGGGUUCAGCAGCCAUCCCCACUCAAUGGCUCACACGCACCCUGGGGAGAUUACUUCAGAACCCUGCCUGGGGCCAAGUCCAUUCGGGCCAGAACACAUGGGGCAUGCUGCGGCCCUUAAACUCAGCCCAGCCCAUCAUUAUCCCCACCACCAUCACCAACACAAUCAUCAUAUGGCAGGCCACACUGAAGUUGUCUCCAGUCAAACAGGGGCGUUUGGCCCAGUACAGGCGACACCAGUCCCAUACUCGAUGCCACAUACAGCCCAGGCAUUAUCGGCAGGUAGGGAUUUCCUUUUUCGCAGAGACUUGACAGCUACAGUCAUGCCAGGGCUUACUGAACAACAUCCCGGCACGAGUUCUCACCACGGAAUGUUUGUCUCAACAACAGGUAGCUUCUCUGGACACCAUGGUCUUCACUCUGAAGCAGGAAACCACACAGUCUUUUCUGGACUCCACCACGAAACGGCUUCUCACGCAGCUCCAGGUGGUCACGCAUUGAAUGGACAAAUAAGGUUAGGAAUACCUGGAGAAAUGUACGCUAGGACUGAUCAUUUCAGUCAAGUGACAGGUUCCAGGACUGAUCCGUUUACUGCUUCACCUCUGCACGGCUAUACUAACUUGAACCUGAAUAUGAAUUUAAGUGCACACCACCAUGGACCAGGUGCGUUUUUUCGCUAUAUGCGACAGCCGAUCAAACAAGAACUUAUUUGUAAGUGGAUGGAGUCAGAUCGGGCUCCAAAGAAACUUUGCUCUAAAACUUACAGUACGAUGCACGAACUGGUAACGCACGUCACAGUGGAACACGUCGGAGGACCAGAACAAGCAAAUCACAUUUGCUUUUGGGAAGAAUGUCCGAGAGAAGGAAAACCAUUUAAAGCCAAGUACAAACUUGUAAACCAUAUCAGGGUACACACGGGAGAAAAACCUUUCCCGUGCCCCUUUCCUGGCUGUGGAAAAGUUUUUGCAAGAUCCGAAAACCUCAAGAUUCAUAAAAGGACACAUACAGGGGAAAAGCCUUUCAAAUGUGAAUUUGAUGGUUGUGAUAGACGUUUUGCUAACAGCAGUGACAGAAAGAAACAUUCCCAUGUGCACACCAGUGAUAAGCCAUACAACUGCAAAGUGAGAGGCUGUGAUAAAUCCUACACACACCCUAGUUCUUUAAGGAAACACAUGAAGGUGCAUUGCAAGUCUCCACCUCCAAGCUCGGGAUAUGAAUCUUCAACUCCUUCUUUAGUCUCUCCUUCUUCUGACUCAGGGCGAGACCCAGCUUCAUCUGCUCAUUCUGACCCGCUCUCUUCCUCCCAAACUGCAAAUUUAAGUGAGUGGUAUGUGUGUCAGAGUUCUGGUACGACUGGAAUUCCGACACCUCCAAGCAACUCUUCAUCUCCUGAGCCAGAGGACAAGCGUCCAUACAGAAACUCGGCACCACGGAAUAUGUUUUAAACAAUCUCUGAGAGUCCUGGUACAGAAUAGCAAAUCUUUAACUGAAAGAUUUGCUUCAGUGACUCAAGGUAAUCUAGGCAGCGACAGCUGAAAAGCUUGAAUAUUCUUCAUCCGACAUCAAAGACAAAAUCUACAAAGGCUUAUUUCUUCGCAACGGUGCAUCUUCAUGGUAAGUUAGGAUUUCAAUAGCAAUAGGGGAAUCAAACUUUAAAAGUAAAGACUCAAGUCUAGAGCCAGUAGAAUCUUUUCAAUCAACAAGUAGAAAAUGUUUAUUCAAUUGUUCUUACCAUUACGUUUCAAUCACACGUUUUUAAGAGAUACUUUAUUUACAUCUCUGUAUUUUUUUGUUACAAAGCUAGUAUGCAACUCUUUUUUUUUUUAUUAUAAACAAAGAAAAGAUCUAAUUCUGGCAAAACUCCAGAUUACCCUGCCAAGCAAUUACAACUAAAGGUGAAAUAAAGCGUAAGAUUCUUGUGUUUUUGCGGAAUGAAAGCACCUACUACGCUAAUGUUGGAAACUUCAUAAAUGACGGGUGUAUUUUUAAUCACAGAACAAAAUACCGUCCAAGCGCCGAGUUUGUUUUUGAACAGAAAGAUUUUUCGGUGUAUCUGCAUCACACGAUGAGGUUGUAGUUACAAUUAUGCAAGAAGAUACUUCUAAAUGAGAUUCACUUUAUAAACCUUAUUGCACAUUUUUCCCUUGACUUUAUAUCUUCUUUAAUAAUAGCAAUAACACCACAACGACAUCACUAUAAAAACACAAAUAAUAACAAUAACGAGGAUGAUGAUGAUUAUUAUUAAUAAUAAUAAUAAUUAUAAAAGUUUAUUGUUUAGUUUGCAUCACUAGAGCAGUUUUAGCAUGGUGUGUUGCUUUCGCUUCCUCAGAGCUCGCAUAUUUACAGUAUUAGACAUUUCUUCUAACCUGUACUUGCCUCGUCAAAUCGUAACGAUUUUCAUUGGGCUUAUUUUACAACGCAUCCAGGUGACAUAGAUAGAUAGAUAGAUAGAUAGAUAGAUAGAUAGAUAGAUAGAUAGAUAGAUAGAUAGAUAGAUUUGUCCAUAAUAUCCAUUUACCUUAGAAUAAUAAUAAGCAAAUCUUUUCCUCUUUUUAGCUUACCACAGAUUGGAAUUGUGUAACUUUGACUUCUUAAAUACUGCUUAACAUCACUACUGGUCUGUCUUUUGCCUGUAACGCUCUAUUUUUUAUUUAUAUUUUUAUUAUGAUAAUUCGAUUGUUAUUGCAGAUAAAGAAGUAUAUCAGAACAAUAAUUAAAAUUAAUUACAAGAUUUAUAGAAUUCUUGGGUCCGAACACAACAAAUGAAAAAAAUUAUAUUUGUUGCCUGAAUUAUCACACUUGCUGGUGUAAACGAAAAACGCAAUACCUCCAUCCUUCUGAAGUGUAUCAGGUGGGGGGUGGGAGUAUUCGAGUUUUUCGUUUAGAGGUUGUCUUGUUGUUUAUUUUAACCAAGUACCCUAAUGAAUAGGGGAAAAAUAAACAUAGUGGAAAAAUAACCAAAC